CGCAGAGAUUAAUCGAUAAUCCGCUGGCAAUUUCGCAAUGAAUGAUCGGUAUUGCGAAAAAAGGUUCUCUCUUUCUCUAUGGGGUCAACUUUUGAUCUGACCAUUCAGGGGAUGUGUCUGGAUCUGCCAUAAAAGAGUUAAUUAAGCUGUUCUUGAUAAUGUCCGAAUUUGGUGAAUAUUCUUAACUGUUUGUGUAAUUUCCCACUGACCCUGUCAAUAAUUGACUUAUUAACAGUAAAUCUUAUCAUCAAGAAUGCAUCAAUGGUUGUUAAGACAGCAAAACUGAGUAAAUUUACAUCCUUUUAUCCCUUUCUUCUAUUAGUGUAGUGUAGAUAAAACGAGCCAUUUCUCUUUCACCCUUUAUAUAAUUUGUCCAACCACCCAUGUUUCUCAAUCACUUCAUGCACUUGUUCAAAUCGAUUCACACGUUCAGAAGGAAAUUGCCCCCUUUUGACCCUCCUCUGUUUCACCACAGAACCUGAUUCCAUGGCAACAUCAUGUUUCAGUUUUUCUUGCCUAAAGAAAUCAAAGAGAGACGAGACCCAUCCCCAUCCGCAGCCCACGAUUCUUGAACCGGAGGCCAUGGAGAGGAUUGACAGUCUCGACUCAUGGUCCAUGAUAUUAAUCGAUUCCGAAAAUAUCGAAACUUGGGAUCAUGGGGAGGAGGAAUACAAAGAAGAAUGGACAGCCGAUCUUUCUCAGCUAUUCAUCGGCAACGAAUUCGCUUCCGGCGCAUAUAGCCGGGUUUACAGGGGAAUUUACAAGCAGAUAGCAGUUGCAGUCAAGAUGGUGAGAAUUCCAUCUCAAAUGGAAAACGCGACAAGGGUUUUACUGUUGAAUCAAUUCAAAUCUGAAGUCGCAUUGCUUUCACGUCUCUACCAUCCAAACAUAGUUCAAUUUAUCGCCGCCUGUAGAAAGCCGCCGGUGAACUUGAUAAUCAUAGAAUACAUGUCUCAAGGUAAUCUAAGAAUGUAUCUUAACAAGAAAGAGCCAUACUCACUCUCAACAGAAACAAUUUUGAGAUUAGCCCUUGACAUAUCUAGAGGGAUGUCAUAUCUCCAUUCAGAAGGAGUGAUUCACAGAGACCUUAAAUCGAAUAACUUGCUUCUUAACGAUGAUAUGCGUGUAAAGGUAGCAGAUUUCGGUACGUCGUGCUUGGAAACACAGUGCCGGAAGAGGCGGGAAUGGAAAGGAAAUAAGGGUACUUACCGGUGGAUGGCGCCGGAGAUGAUUAAAGAGAAAGCUUAUAACCGGAAAGUUGAUGUUUACAGCUUUGGGAUCGUUCUAUGGGAGCUUACCACAGGCUUGCUUCCAUUUCAAGGAAUGACUCCUGUUCAGGCUGCCUUUGCUGUGGCAGAGAAGAAGGAAAGGCCACAGCUUUGGUCGAGAUGCCAACCAGGGCUUGCUCAGCUGAUGAAACGUUGCUGGGUUGCUAAUCCGGCUAAGCGACCAGAGUUUGCUGACAUUGUUUCUACAUUGGAAUGUAUUCAAAAAGGGUUACCACCAUUGUUUAAACAGUGACAUUUUGUAGGCAUUUAUCAACUCAAUUUCUUAGAAGUUACUCAAAAUUAGUAUUCUUUAUCUAUGUUAAAUUCAUGGGGGAAAUGAGUGCUAGCAAACUCAACCAUGUUCAAUUGUUUAGUGCAAAUGAAUGAAUAAUUAUUGGAUUCAUGUUUUUGUGGAAUCAUACACGAAAUUCAAUGUGGAUGUCAUAUCAAAUAUUGACCCACAAAAUCAAUUAUGUGACAUGUCAUUGGAUAAUUAUCCAAAUUCAAAUUUUACUAUUU